UGAAGUUGAGUUUUCUGGCGAAGAUUUCCAUGAAGUCCAUCAGGAGCCCGGAAGUGGUGAAGGAGCCGUCUUGGCGUUCCUGGAAGGUGACAAAAGGAACCCACAGCCCGGCGGCCACGCGAAGAAUAGCAUGUAGAUCACAGCACCUUAACAUGGCAACCAUUGGUAUCUUCAGACUAGUUCCUUCCUUGUCAUUGGGUAGGCCUUUGUACACAUCAUCAUCUCUCUCAGCUCGUGGAAUUGAGAGAACUCUGAAAAGUUUGAAUAUAGGAAAUGAUGUUGAAGAAUUGAGUAUCGAAGAAAUUGACAGCAUAACAAAUAUAGAUCAAAGGAAAUUGGAAAAAUUUUCUCAGCAAAUUGAAAGAGAUGCAGAGGUACACCAGAGGCACAUUCGCCAAAAGACAGUCGAGCAGAAAUACUUCAGAAAUAAAGGUCCAGAGGAGCAGAACCUGCUGACAUGGGCCAUGAAGGAGCAGCUGCGUUAUUUGCAUUCCACGGAUCCAGACAUGUGGACGCCAGAAGCCUUGUCAGUGGCUUUCCCAGUCUCUGAAAGUGGAGUCAAGAAACUCCUAAAAGCAAAAUGGUUCCCAAGAGAUGAAGCAGCCAUAGAGAAGCAUGAUCGAAGUGUUCUUGCCUCUUGGAAGAAGUACACCAAAGGUCAGCUUGGAAGCUCACAACUCCUGAAGGAAAUGCUAAACAAAAAGUAUGGAGUGACAAGUGAGCGACUUCCCCAACCUGUCAACCAAGAGGACAUACUCUCUACCUUGGACUCACUUCGUUAUGAACAUGAGGAAGAGCCGUACAUUGCCCAAGGUCUCAGGCCAAAGAACAAGCUACCUAAGAGGCCUAAGAUGAAGGGCAACUCUUUCACGAGCAUCAUCAAGGAUUACGAAACUCAGCUUCAGCAAAACAGAAAGGAAAAGAAUGAAAAGCCACCUCAAGAAGCUGUUUCUCCAAAAUGCCGAGACGUUGCUGAGAUAACAGCUGGGACACCAAAGUACGAGGGACCCUAUCAAAAUGUCUCUGUUGCAUCAGGACCUAGGCAGAGAGCGAAGGCCAAAACCACGUGGAGAGAGAUAACUUUCAGUGAAUUUAUGGAACAGAAAAAGGGGUCUUGACUCUUUUUUGGUGCAUUAAGACAUGUACAGUUUGCAAAAGUGUAAAUUGAUAAUAGUUUUGUAAAUAAUAUGAUUCAAUGUACAGAGUAAUCAAUAAAAUUAAAUUGAUUAC